UCCUUCCCGCGCAUUAAACACCCAACUUUCUUCUAUUCUUCUGAGUGCGAAACCCUAAAAAGCGACAGAGAUGGAUGAACAUGGCGAUCAACAGAGUAAUCCUUUCAACGAUCAACGACCUAGCUCCGGUACGAUCGUUAGGAUUCGCCUUGAGAAUUUCAUGUGCCACAGUAAUCUCGAGAUUGAGUUUGGCGAUUGGGUCAAUUUCAUCACUGGCCAAAACGGAAGUGGUAAGAGUGCGAUAUUGACUGCUCUAUGUGUUGCCUUUGGAUGUCGAGCCAGGGGAACUCAGCGCGCCGCUACGCUAAAAGAUUUCAUAAAAACUGGAUGCAGCUAUGCCCUUGUUCAUGUCGAACUGAAAAACCAAGGAGAGGAUGCUUUUAAGCCUGAAAUAUAUGGUGAUACUCUGAUUAUUGAACGCAGGAUAUCUGAUUCUACUAGUUUAACAGUUCUCAAGGAUCAUCAAGGAAGAAAAAUAUCUAACCGAAGAGAGGAGCUACGGGAACUUGUUGAACAUUAUAAUAUUGAUGUUGAGAAUCCCUGUGUGAUAAUGAGUCAAGACAAGAGCAGGGAGUUCUUACAUUCUGGAAACGACAAAGACAAAUUCAAGUUCUUUUAUAAAGCAACCCUUCUUCAGCAAGUCGAUGAUCUUCUUCAAAGUAUUGGCACAAAGUUGAAAUCUGCAAAUGCUCUUAUGGAUGAGAUGGAGAAGACCAUAAAACCAAUCGAAAAGGAGAUCAGUGAGUUGCUUGAAAAGAUAAAGAAUAUGGAACAUGUUGAAGAAAUAACUCAACAGGUUCUGCAUUUGAAAAAUAAACUAGCUUGGUCAUGGGUAUAUGAUGUGGAUAGGCAGCUCAAGGAGCAGAAUGAGAAGAUCAUGAAACUCAGAGAACGAGUGCCUACUUGUCAAAAUAAAAUUGAUCGGAAACUGGGUGAGGUGGAAUCUUUAAGGGUAAGCUUGACCGAGAAGAAAGCUGAAGUUGCCUGCCUGAUAGAUGAAUCAACUGCGAUGAAAAGAGAGCUAGAGUGUUUGCGGCAAUCAAUGAAGAAGGCUGCUAGAGAGAAGAUUGCUUUAGAAGAAGAAUACCAUCAUAAGUGCAAUAACAUUCAGAAGAUUAAGGAUCGGGUUAGGAGGCUUGAACGACAGAUUGGAGAUAUUAAUGAAAUGACUAUAAGAAGCACACAGGUUGAACAAUCUGAAAUCGAAGAAAAACUGAAGCAAUUGACACUAGAGGUUGAGAAGGCUGAAUCAUUGGUUUCAAGUUUGAAAGAGGAGGAGAACAUGGUAAUAGAAAAAGCAUCAGCCGGAGGGAAGGAGAAGGAACAGAUAGAGCAUAUGAUUAGAGACCAUGAAAAGAAGCAAAGAAACAUAAACGCACACAUCAAUGAUCUGAAGAAACAUCAAACAAAUAAGGUUACCGCAUUUGGAGGGGACAGGGUCAUUAAUCUUUUGCGAGCGAUUGAGAGACAUCACCGCAGGUUUAAAAUGCCACCGAUUGGUCCCAUUGGUGCUCAUGUGACAUUAGUCAAUGGUAAUAGAUGGGCUUCUGCAGUUGAACAAGCUCUAGGCAACCUCCUGAAUGCCUUUAUUGUGAACGAUCACAAAGAUUUAGUUACUUUGCGAGACUGUGGAAAGGAAGCAAAUUAUAACAAUCUAAAGAUUAUCAUCUAUGACUUUUCAAGACCAAGGUUAACUAUACCAAGGCACAUGAUUCCUCAAACAGAACACCCAACUAUUCUCUCUGUCUUGCACUCAGAGAAUACUACUGUUCUUAACGUCUUGGUGGAUGUGAGUGGUGUAGAGAGGCGAGUGCUUGCAGAGAAUUAUGAAGUUGGCAAGACCAUUGCCUUUGAGAGAAGGCUUUCACAUCUGAAUGAUGUUUUCACUAUAGAUGGAUACCGAAUGUUUUCCCGUGGGCCUGUUCAGACAACCCUUCCUCCCCAUUCCCGGAGACCUACUCGAUUGUGUGCUUCUUUUGAUGACCAAAUCAAGGAUCUUGAAAUAGAGGCCUCAAAAGAACAAAGUGAGAUACAGGAAUGCAGGGGACACAAGAGGGAGGCAGAAAUGAAUCUCGAGGGUCUUGAAUCAACAAUGCGUAGACUGAAGAAGCAACGCACCCAACUAGAGAAAGAUUUGACAAGGAAGGAACUUGAAAUGCAGGAUCUGAAAAAUUCAGUCGCUUCUGAAACCAAAGCAUCACCUACUUCAAGUGUUAAUGAGCUUAAUCUAGAUAUCAUGAAAUUCCAAGAAGAGAUAGAGGAGAAAGAAUCCUUGCUAGAAAAACUUCAAGGCUCCUUGAAGGAAGCUGAACUAAAGGCUAUUGAACUUAAAGCUUCAUAUGAAAAAUUAUAUGAGUUAGCCAAGGGUGAAAUUGAAGCCCUUGAGAAAGCUGAGGAUGAGCUAAAGGAGAAAGAAGAAGAACUCCAAUCCGCAGAAACGGAGAAGAACCAUUAUGAGGAUAUAAUGAAGGACAAGGUCUUACCCGAGAUUAUACAGGCUGAGGCUAAAUAUGAGGAACUUAAAACGAAGCGGCAGGAAAGUAACGAGAAGGCCUCCAUAAUUUGUCCUGAGAGUGAGAUAAGAGCUUUGGGUCCUUGGGAUGGGGCCACUCCUUUGCAGCUUAGUGCUCAGAUUAACAAAAUAAAUCAUAGGCUGAAGCGAGAGAAUGAGAAGUAUUCUGAAUCAAUCGAUGACCUCAGGAAUAUGCACGAGGAAAAAGAACAGAAGAUUGGGAAGAAACGCAAAACUUACAAAAGCUUUCGAGAAACACUCAAGGUCUGCAAAGAUGCAGUAGACUCACGGUGGAACAAGCUCCAAAGAAAUAAAGAUCUUCUGAAGCCCCAAUUAACUUGGCAAUUCAACUCUCAUUUAGGAAAGAAAGGUAUCAGUGGAAAUAUCAAAGUCUCUUAUGAAGACAAAACUUUGUCCAUAGAGGUUAAGAUGCCUCAAGAUGCAACAAACAGUGCUGUUCGAGAUACUAGAGGGCUUUCAGGUGGGGAACGAUCUUUCUCGACUUUAUGUUUCGCAUUAGCUCUUCACAAUAUGACUGAAGCCCCAAUUCGAGCAAUGGACGAGUUUGAUGUGUUUAUGGACGCAGUUAGCAGGAAAAUCAGCUUAGACACAUUGGUUGAUUUCGCAUUGGAACAAGGUUCACAGUGGAUGUUCAUCACUCCUCAUGAUAUAAGUAUGGUAAAGUCACACGAGAAGAUAAAGAAGCAACAAAUGGCUGCUCCUCGUUCUUGAGCCAAAGAACCUCUCUUUUUUUUUGUAAAUUCUCAAUAACUUAAUUGUAAUGGGAAUAUGAGUAAAUCCUUUCUUAUGUUUCUUCUAAUCCUACUUUUUGGAAGUUUCUCUUUUGUCAAUAAUCUCAACAGAUAGAU